CCCACUGCACCCCAGCACUGACAUCACUGCUACACUUUCUAUACAAGUCUAGAGUAAAAACUGCAUGUUGUCGAGCUUCACAUUUCCCUGCACAUUUCCACCGUGAUGCUGGGCACAGUAAAGAUGGAAGGACACGAAACUCCUGACUGGAGUAGCUAUUACACUGAUGCGCAAGAGGUGUAUUCUCCCAUGACGAACAGCAGCAUGAAUGCUGGACUAGGAUCCAUGAACACUAUGAACAGUUAUAUGAGUAUGUCCACCAGUGGAAACAUGACAUCUAGUUCUUUUAACAUGUCCUAUGCCAACCCUGCUCUCAGUGCCGGACUAAGCCCAGGAACUAUGGCAGGUAUGCAAUCCGGUGCAGGCAGUGCAAUGAACGCAAUGGGUGGCGGGGUAUCAUCCAUGGGUACCGCGCUCAGCCCCACAAACAUGAAUGCAAUUUCAGCUCAACACACCUCCAUGAACGCACUGAAUCCUUACUCGAGCAUCAGCCCCACUAUGAGCCCAAUGACCUAUACCCAGCCUAAUCUUAACAGGGCACGGGACAACAAGACGUUCAGGAGAAGUUACCCACAUGCCAAACCUCCAUAUUCCUACAUAUCUCUCAUAACUAUGGCCAUCCAACAGUCUCCAAGCAAGAUGCUUACACUAAGCGAGAUCUAUCAGUGGAUCAUGGAUCUUUUUCCAUAUUACCGUCAAAACCAACAAAGGUGGCAAAACUCCAUCAGACACUCGUUGUCUUUUAAUGACUGCUUUGUUAAAGUGUCUAGGUCACCAGAUAAGCCAGGGAAAGGCUCUUACUGGACCCUGCAUCCUGACUCUGGAAAUAUGUUUGAGAAUGGCUGUUACCUCCGCAGACAGAAACGUUUCAAGUGCGACAAGAAGCUUCUCGGAAGUAAAGGCUCAGAUGGGAGGAAAGACCAAAACGGUUCGAGCUCACCAUCCAGUGACACCACAAACACAAAGACCGGGACUAUGGACUCUAACUCAAUAACCAGCACAAACCAAUCAUCUAGUCCUCAAAGUCUAGAACACAGAAGUGGUAACACCAAUUCCGAACUAAAAACGAAUGGCCCACAGAUACACCCUGUGGCAAGUCCUGCAACCGCUCUCUCAUCUCUACCUUUGCCACCACAUUCAAUGGCUCAUGAGUCCCAGCUGCAUCUAAAGGGAGACCCCCAUUACUCUUUUAACCACCCGUUUUCCAUCAAUAAUUUAAUGUCCUCUUCGGAGCAACACAAACUGGACUUGAAAGCGUAUGAACAAGCAUUGCAAUAUUCCUCUUAUGGCUCAGGUAUGCCUUCCAGCUUGGCACUGGGCAGCGCUUCCAUGGCCGGGAGAGCAAGCAUGGACCCCUCCACUUUAGAGGCCUCUUACUACCAAGGUGUGUAUUCAAGGCCGGUUCUUAACACUUCUUAGUUUGGUCUUCUAAUUUACUGCACUCAACAAUUGCUGAAAGAUACACUUUAUUUUAUUUUUUUUGCAUGCACCCUGUGCAUAAUGGACUGUUACUUUAAAUAUAAUAAUGUGUAUGUGUAUAAUAAAAUAAUGUAAAGUGUUCCCUGAAUGACUGUAUAUCCCCAAAUCCUUGCUAGUGUAUUUAAAACGAUUUUAAGCUUGUAAAAUACUAUUGUAA